AUGUCAGUCAGAGCACUGGCGGCCGCCUUUAGAGUGCGCCUUGACUCAGACUCGAGGGAUGUUGCUCUUCAAAACCUCGAGGACAAUAAUACAGCUAUGCCACCUGCGGUGCCUGCGCCACCAUAUCGACAUGCGGCACCAUCGGGACCAUGGCCAUGGAUGGACUUUGACGUAGAUUCUACGCCCUCUACGACUGUUAUUGAUCCAUCCUGGCGGGGGUACCCUCAGAACCAGUUCGGGAACUGGACUCCAGACCAAGUAGGGCGUAGUAAGAUGCUCGAAAAGUGUCUGGUGAAUAAGUCUAGUACCACUUACUGGAUGGAUGUGCGUAAUGACGGGCGUUUUGCACGCUCAGAUAUCGGAGGAAAAGGUGAUACCAUGGUAGUGGGAACUGAAAAUGAGGAUGAGUUUUGGGAUAUAUUACAGGGAGAGCGACCAGAAAAUAUCCGGGUGCGAUUGAUAUUUGUGGACGACUUAACCUCGCCGGUCUUGCGCAUGCUGGGCACAAGAUAUAACAUCGAACCAUUCUUUUUCACGUCCUCCAUGAAUUGGAUACCCUCACGAUAUCAGGAAGCGCCUAUCCAUAAAAAAGGAGAUCACAUUACUGUCGUUCUGCCAUUUGUACGAACGCUGCGCAAAAAAUAUCGCAAUUCUCGAUCAACACCCACCUCUCCAGCACCAACAUCGCAAUCCCCGAAUACUCAGAUCAACACCCAGGCUCCAUUCCCCAUGAGUAAUGGUGAUAUGCUUUUCAUCGACCUCCUCGCAAUUCACAUGGUCCGCGGCGUAAAGACAAGCACUAUCAUCUCCUACCAUCCCGAGUCUACGUGGUGCCGGACAUCCGCGAAGCGCCUCCACUCGCUCAUGCAGCUUGUAGGGGGCAGUGUGUACUGGCAAAAAAUAUUCGACAAGUCAAAAGACCCGACGUUCCUCUUCCUCGCAAUUUUGUGGUAUGCACUAUAUGCAUGGGAUGAGUCUUUUGAGCUGCUGUACAAACAUCUUAGUGAACUGGAAGCAAAAGUACUACAAACGAAUAACAUGGAGCUCACGCGCGACCUUCACAUCCUCCAGGCGCAUCUCUUGCAGUACCAAUCACUCCUUCAUAACUUCGAGGUAUCAGUACAAUUUACCGCGAAGACCCACAAUCUGGCCAUGGACUCUAAUGACUUCUCCGAUGAACAGCGCAAAGAGUCGAAGGAACUUAUGGAGACGGAGUCCGAGAAUCUACUCAGCGAAAUUGAUCGUCUAGAAAAGCGACGUGCGAUGUUGGGCAACCGACUGAAGAAUGUGAUGGACCUUGCUUUUGCGACUGUUAAUAUCGACGACAGUAGACAAACGCGAAAACUGACAGAGGCGACGGUCAGGGACUCGGCAGCUAUGAAACAGAUCUCGUACCUCACGAUGGUCUUCCUGCCGGCAAGCUUCUUAGCCUCUGUGUUUGGAAUGAACGUCGUAGAGUUCAAUCAAGGAUCUCUACAGACACUCGAUCGCUACGUCGAGGUCACCAUUUCGCUCACGCUCUUUACCAUUUAUAUCGUUGUCACGCUUCAGACGUAUAGCUCAUUCCACGACCGCAAUGCUCCAUUCCUGAGGCGCGCAGUGUGGCCAAUUCUUACCUUAUGGAAGAUUGUGUAUAAGCCAAAGGAGAAGACGGUGAGAGACAUGGUUUAA